AUGGAGGCCACCGAGGAACAAGGAGCUGGCUUACUGCACCACAUCCUCCCUCCGCGUCUCGAAGACGCAGGCCUCGAAGACUGCGCUCUCCCAGCGGACUCCAUCAAAGAAGCCUUCCUCAAAGCCGCCACGGCCGUUAAGUCACGAUCCACCUCGAUCUUCACCGCCGACGAAGACGAAGAAGCCUUUGAGGAUUGCAUCAGUGACCCAUGGCCUGACCUAAAGGUUCCCGCUGACGAGGUGGUCGGAGCUGGGCCUGAGACUCGGUCGCCGGGACCGUGCGGCGGCGAUAAGGGUGGGUCGGUGGAGGUCGGUGGAGAUGAAGUGGUGGUGAGCGGUGAGGAGGCGAAAGGGGAUAAGGUGAUUGUGGGAGGUGAAGAUGUGAGAGAGGGUGGUGAUAGGGCUUGUGUGGAUGGGUUGGCUGGGUUGGAAAUUGGAGGGAAGGGGAACAGCAAGGUGAGGAAUGGUGAUGGUGAAGGACCAAUUUUGGUUGGAGGUUAUGUUUGA